GGUGAAUGAGAGAUCUCGGUGUGUUAAUUUAUUUUCUCGGAGAUUACCAUGAUUGUUUUUUUAGAUGUUUCUCAAGGAGAAAACCCUUUAGGAAGGAUAAAAAUCCAAUUAAAUAACGAGCUUCUACCAAGAACUUGUGAGAAUUUUAGACAACUUUGCACAGGAGAAUAUCGUGAAAAUGGCAAACCUUUAGGAUACAAAGGAUGUAAAUUCCAUCGAGUGAUCAAGGACUUUAUGAUCCAAGGAGGGGAUUUUGUCCGCGGCAAUGGACAAGGUAGUUUCAGUAUCUAUGGAGAAAUGUUUAAUGAUGAAGGGUUCCCCCUUGAUCAUAAGAAAUAUUCUGUAUCGAUGGCAAAUUCCGGUCCCAACACUAAUGGAUGUCAAUUUUUCAUUUGUACUGACAACACUCCACAUUUGGAUGGGAAACAUGUUGUUUUCGGUAAAGUAAUCGAAGGAUUUGAAACUGUAGAUGUGAUAAAUAGAGUUCGAGUUAAAGGAGACACACCAGUGGAACCUAUAAUAGUGACCAAUUGUGGUGAGUAUUAGAGUAACUUACAAAUAGAUUCAAUCGAAAACGUUUCGUAUUAUUAUUAAAAUAUUAU